AUGUGGAACCUCAUUUACUCUAAUCCUAUAUGUUUCAAGAAAAAAAUAGCUCAAGUAUUAGACUUCCAUUCAUUAUGUUAAGGAGCAACUCAUGCAUUUGAAUAAUAUCCAAAAUUCUAAGCCACUUGUCAACAACUCAUAACCAUGGAAACCAGGACAUUCAAUAUCAAGAUUAGUCAACAAAUACACAAAUAGUAAGUUCAAGAGCAUAUGACUUAGCCAACGAUCAAGAAAUCAUGGACAAAAACAGCAAAUUGCUAAGAAAAAUGAUGGAAAUCCAAUAGAGAAAUAGCACAUUGAGGUAACCCCCAACACAUGGUUCAUUGGAAGCAUUAAGAAGAAGGGAACAAGUUAAGAUAAGCUCAGAGAACUAAACCAUUUUAAAGCGUUUACAAUCAGCAAGUUCAGCCUACUCCAGGAAAACCUGGGUUAAUGAUAUUGAAAGAGUAAAAAAAUAUCGAGACAAUUUGCAACGAAGAACAAGUAUUAUCAUCUAUCAUUUCAGGAACAAAUGAUGAUUUCAAUAUAUUAGCAGUUCAAGAACAAGUCAAACGAAAUUUUACCAGUUAAUCUUCCUCUAGAAGUAUCUCUUCUAAAUUUAUUUAGAACUUAAAACAAGUUAAGGACCUAGAACUUAGACAUAUGAGUCAUUAAUUUGA